AUGAUGGCAACUGCUUUCGGUCCCGAAAGGGCAAUCGAUGCAACUGUCACAACGCUCAACUCCUUUGAAUUCGACCAGACAGCCUCCCAGCGCUUGCCUUCAAUGCUUCCUAUGGAAGACCUCACGCAUUCGCAGUCCGCUCUGGACGAAGACCAAACCUCCCCUCGAAACAUGCCACCCCCGAACCCCCCCUUCAUUUUCCCAGCCCGGCCGGGCUCCUCCUCCGCUCCUUCUUCAUACUCUCGAGCCUCGGGCCGGAGGCCGCAGUCUGCGAUUGAAAGCCCAAGUCGCUCUGCUUUCAACGACAACAGCCCCCAGAGCGCCGACAGACCCAGACGCUCCCCAGCACUGCCUGACUUCAGCUUCAACCCGGGUGCCUCCAUGGCAGCAGACAACAAUGUAUCACUACUGAGUCCUCCCAUGUCGCCUUUGUCGCCUCGACAGAUCCCGUCGCCAUCAAAGCCUGGCGGACAUGGCCACCGGCGAGGAGGAAGUGAGUUCGUGGGUGGUAAUAUUCGUUCAGGGGGGUCCAUUGCCGUCAUGAGCACCAGCCCGACGAAGUCGGAGAGCGGCUUCGCCUCUCCUGCCUUUCAGCCACCACAGCUUGGCGAGCCCCCAGCGGGUGGCCGCCGACGUGGACACGCACAUCGCCGCUCAGCUGCCAUCUCCAGUCAUGACCUCACCCUUAUCCUUCAGCCUCCCAAGCCCGCCAAUGCCCUCCGGGGCAGCAGCGCGCCCAACAGCCCGGCAGACUUUGGCCGCCGCCCGGGAGAGUCGCCAGAGAUGUCCCCAGUACAACUGCCUGUGCCCGCGACUCUAACGACUGAGCCGUCUACUUCGGGCACCCCUGUGGAAAGCGAGCUAGCAGCUCCUGAGCUCCCAGUUCAGACAACACCACGGGCUUCAAGGCCAGUCCCGCGUGCACGGGUCGGAUUCUCAGACACCCUGGAAUUCAUUCCCCGCCCCCUCUCUUUGGUCUCUAGCGACGCGUCGAGCACCGCCACUGCGCGACCGGGAGGCCACUCUGUUUCGGGUAGCAUCUCAUCGAUUAUUUCCAUGAACGAUGAGCCUGUGCUAGAAAAAGAGCCUGCUAUUGUGGCGCCUGUCGAGCCCCGUAGGACACGUUCACUUCCUUCACAGGAAUCCAGGCCUAGCACUGCCGGUGCUAUAUUGGAACGGUCUCAAAGCAUUCAAUCCGUUAACCACAGUGGUAGCUCCCCUCGCAGGCGGAACUCCAUUCCAACCCUGACGCACGUCCCCGACCCGGCCAUCAACAUUCCUUCUCAGCCAAGUCCUACGAAGACCCCGAAACGAUGGUCUUUCUUUGGUCUAGAUCCAUUUGUCGGCGCCCAUUCCCCGACCCGCUUGGUGCCAGUCAGUCCUCGAGAGCAAGAACAUGUCCCAGCCACAGCAGACGCGAGCCCCAACUCUUCCGACCAGGUACUUAACGUUGCACCGGAGACUGAUGGGCCUGUACCCACUGCCUCGAAGAAGCCGUCAAAGAAGUCCAAGAAGAAGAAGAAGAAAGUCAAAGCCUGGGCCGGGUCCAUUUUGAAGCCCAAGUCCAAACCCAGGGACAAGAAGGGCGAGACGGAUUGUCUGCCUGAUCAACUUUCUACCCACAGCGAGCCUGAGCUUGAAUACCGACAAGACGAAUCCGCUGUGGAAACAGUUGCCUCGCCUGUGACGCCCACGGUAACCAUUACCGACUCGUCGAGUCCGAACCAGACUGCUCAUCCUUGGAAGCCUCGCUCGGUCUCGACACCCGAGGACGAUGCGGCCUUUUCAAUGAUUGACUUGGAUGCUGCGCUCGGUCCAUUCAAUACGCCUGUUCCCCACAGCGCGGAAUGGGAUGCAGCACAGAAGGCUGCAGGCUCCGCGAAGCGUCAACUUCAUAGUGCCCAGGGCAUGAAGGGUUUCAGCGGCCCGGGAAUGCAUUACCAUCGCAGAGCCGAGAGUGCCCCCGAGAUGGUUCCCUUUGAGGCAAGCCGCUUCGGCAUCAAUAGAUUCGGCAGCAGCUCCACCAUGGCGGACGUCUUUGAGGAGGAUGAAGAGGAGGACGACGAUGAUGAUAGCGAAGACGGCAAGACAACGUCGUCUCUACCCACCAGCAAAGACUCAUUGAAGGAUAACAGGAGCGAUGCUGCCGAGACCUGCAGCGACGACGAGACUCCUCCCGCCAUCAUUGUCCAGAAGAACCCACUGAUGGACGCACUUGCUGUGCAAGAUGAAGAAUUUGGCCGGACGAGACAUGCAGCCAGCAUGAAAUCCGAGCGAUCGAUGAACUCCCUUCACGAGCAGGUCAUCGUUGAGGAGCCCCGUAACGUCGACUUCCGUUCCGCAGCUGUGUUGCAGGAGACGUCCGAUUCAACUGGGUCUGCGACGCCUUCGCCAAGGCAUGCCCUGGGCCACACCGAUUUGGCACCAGUAGAGGUCAGCCCUCUGCACCUGGCCACUCCAUCCAACAUUCCCAUAAGCCCUUACUCAAUGAGCCAUGGGUCCUCUUUCCCUUCUCCGCGGUCGCCGAUGUCUUACGAUGCCCAACGCAUAUCCACAGCACCAUCUUCGGUGAACGAGGAGAACACAUUUCAGUCGUUACUUCUCGGGGAACCUGGCCCAGAGCUCAGAUGCUCUGUCGACAUUCCGCCUUCGCUAACGUCGAGCACCUCGACUAUGACCAGGGAUAGCACAUUUGUGCCGAUGCCUCAACCGCGUGCCCAGAUGCCUUUCCGGCCUGACCAACGACCGGUUUCGGUGUCAUCAGCAGCAUUCGGCCGUCGUCGAUCGAGCCUGGCAAGUCUCAGCAGGCUGAUCAGUAGCUCCCAUGGCGAGCGGAGCAAGCUUUCCGAGGAGGUUCCAGUUGACAGCGAAGCGGAAAAGAAGCAAAAAGUUAGCCGAGCCAAGCGUCUCAGUCGAAUGGUCCAGUUCUGGAAGGCCAAGGACGAGUCUGAGACGUAG